AAAGAAACCUGAUUUGCAUGCAAAUAUGUUUCGCCUUUAUUUUGUUUAUUUUUUGCAUGCAACCAAAAAAAUUAAGAGGGGCCGCAUUUGGCCCACGGGCCGCUAGUUGAAUAGGCCUGGCAUACAUCAUUAACAGGAUUUAGCGUUCAUCUGCAGGCUAGACGCGGAUGUGGCAGAAACUCGUCUUCAGUGUUCAUCUAUCAUGGAGCCAUCGGCUUGGAGGGACGCCUCAACAAGAAAUCUGACCCAUGAUUGGGACUCAGUUAACCAGACCUACUUCUCCUGCUACAACCCCCUGGUGGUGGAAUACCGCUACUUUGUCGUGCUGUGGGGUUGCCUGGUCACGAUCACUGGCACCGUGGGGAACCUGAUGACCGUCCUGGCCUUCGCCACUGACCCGUGCAUCCGGACCCGCUUCAACGUGCUGAUCGUCAACCUGGCGCUGGCCGACCUGCUGUACUGCGCGCUGCUGCAGCCCGUCACCACCGACCUCUACCUGCACCUGCGCUGGCGAGGCGGCGCGCUGGGCUGCCGGGCCUUCGGCCUGCUCCAAUUCGUCUCCAACGCCGUGUCCAUCCUCACGCUCUGCCUGAUCGCCGUGAGCCGCUACCUCCUGGUGCAGCGGAGGUCCACCUUCGAGCGGCUCUUCUCCGCCCGCGGCCUGCUGCUCCUGCUGCCCUCCACCUGGGCCCUGGGCCUGGCCAGCUUCGGCCCGCUCUGGCCCGUGUACGUCUUCGUGCCUCUGGUCUGCACCUGCAGCUUCCACCGGACGCGGGGCCGCCCCUACACCACCGUCCUUUUCGUCCUCUACUUCUUCGCGGGGCUGUUCUGCAUGGGCGUCUUCUACCUGCUGAUCUACCGGAGGGUCCGCCUGGCGGCCCGGGCCGUCCUCCGCCACCGUCCCAGCCGACGCUCCACCAGGAAGAGGGUCGCUCCGGCGGCCGGGACGGAGAACGACAGCGGCGUCAGCAGCGGAGGUGGGGCCCCCACGUGCACCAGUGAGGUCGACAGCCAGGGGGAACCGCCCGCACGCAGGGCCGGAGCCACGUGGUACAAGGAGCCGGGGGAACCACAGCCGACUCGCUCUGCCCUGGACUCGCACGCGGCCAGGGCAAGGGCCUCCCCAGAGGAGCCGGCCACCACCCUUCCAUCCACCUCCCCUCCAUCUAAGACCCCUCCGUCCACCUCCCCUCCGUCCACCUCCCCUCCGUCUACGACCCCUCCAUCCUCGACCCCCCCCCGUGCGACCCAGAGCUCCGGGGGCGACGAGUUAAAGCGGUUGAACCGAAUGUGUUUCGCCGUCUUCCUGUGUUUCCUGUUAUGCUUCUUCCCGUUCCUGCUGCUGAACCUGGCCGACCAGAGGGUCCGCGCUCCGCAGAUCCUCUACAUGUUCUGCGCCAACGUGACCUGGCUCAACAGCUGCGUCAACCCGCUGCUCUACGCAGUGAUGAACCCCCAGUUCCGCCAGUCGUACCACCUGCUGCUCACCAGGGCCUUCUCGCCCCUGGGCCGUCUCUGGAGGGCCCUGAGGAACAGGUCGGCCUCCUGCUAGUCCUCCACGUCUGGAGACUAACUCUCCAUGAAGCGCUGAAGACAGGCCGCUGAAGACAGACCGCUACAGACGACCUCGCCUUUAAUGGUGCAGCUCUGCCGUAUCAUCUCCACAGUUCUCGUUUCCUGCUGCUUGACCACUAACUGCUACUGCUUCUCCCGCCAAAGUAGCCUAAACGGAAGGAACUAACGUUAUGGAACACACCCAUAGGCGUUCCUAAAGGGCCAAACUCCAGGAGCCGGUCAAUGCAAUUACCGGUAUGGAAAAAGCUGGUCAGAACGUCAACAAUAAUGGACAGGUUUAAGGUUGAAGUUUUCUUGGAUAAUGAUGGAAGUUCGUAAAAGUCUUGCACAACAUGGAAACGUUGUAGACUUGCCCCAAUGAGGGGUAUUCCGAUUUAACGCAACCUGUGUUUUUUUGGGCAAAAGAGGAAGCCUAAAAAAGGACAACUUUCUUAAUGGGCCUUACAGAUGCACACACGACUUCCGAUUAAAUAGGGUCGGCUUCCUUUUGGUUGUCCAGUUCCACUUUCAAAUGUUUAAUAAAAUAAUAAUCACCGACACCCGUGCCAGUUUAAUUUCAAUAAUCGGUAUUUAUUUAUUUAUUUAUUACCCUACUGUUGCUGCUCGUCUCUAGAGACAAUGCCUUACAGAUCUUCUGAUUAACGAACCCCCUCUGCUUCCUACCAUCAGGGGACUCCCAUAUAAACCCCUCACCUAAAAAUGAUCAGUAUAUUUGUGCACAUCCUCCCCUUAAGUGGUCCCAUCCCAUGCCUCGGCUUUAAACCACCAUGUCCCUAACCUAUCACUGCAGUACCUUUCAACCACCGCCAGAUGGCGACUGAACCCCGACGCACCUUUCAACGCAACACUUCGCUGGUUCUUAAAUAGUUCAGACAUAUCAGUAAUGCGUCCUUAUACUUGAAACUCGACAUACAGAAUGUCCAAAGCAUUGUAACUCACAGCUCGGUCUGUUCGGGGAACAGAUCCAGUCCAGUCUGACACGGGCGACCACAUGACAACUUGCUUACUUUAGCGACUGGCAUCACUGUGAACUGUGAGCUGCUGGUCUCUGUCUCUUAAGACUGAAUAAAGCUGUCCCCCCCUGACAGUGGACGUUGGCCUGGUCCCGGCCCCCAGAUGUGUUGGGAGGAGUCCAUCCUUGAGCUGCUGUCUAGUCUUUGAUAUUACAAAACAGAUGAAGGGGUGAGGGCGGUCUGCAGAUUAGAUGAAGGGGUUAGGGGGGUCUUCCAAAAUAAUUAUUAUUUUGUCAACCAUUAUAUAUUAACCAGGUUUGUUCUUCGUCAAUUCCAUAAAAUAUAUAUAUAUACAUUUGCAAAUCUCUGUGAUAUACCAAAAUAAAACCGAUUUGAAAACUGA